GAUUUAACUGGAUUUUAUAACCCAAGAUUUGAAUUAAGCAAAUUGUGUGUGUAUGUAUAGUGUAGAAGGUAUUUAUUGGGGUUAACAAAGCUCUGAUUAACUUCACGUGUAGACUCAUCCAUGUGUCCGUGAGUCUUUACAAACAACUACUUCAAGAAACACACACAUACACACACACAGGAAGCCAUAUUAGAUCCAUUGCAUAAUCUCUCUGAUCCAACUCAAGAACCAGUUCCCAUGGUGGGUUUUGAUUCUUGCUUUGUUUCUUCUACUGUUUUUGUGUUCUUGAAGAUGAAAAGAUGUGGACUUUUUCGGUCAAAUCGGAAAUCCUUCGAUAAUGACAUAUAAUUUGGGAAGAAUUUUGUUAAGGGCCCCUUUUUCUCUCUCUCUCUCUCUCUUUCUUUCUUUCUUUCUUCCCCAAUCAUUCAUCCAUUCAUUACCACAAAAGGAAGAAAGAAAUCGCUAGAUUUUGAGCUGUUUCUCCCCUUAUUCAAACCCCAUUUUCGAUUAAUCUAAGCGAAAAGGUAAGUGUCUUUUUGUAUGGAUCUUUAAUUGAAAAAACCUUUUGGGAUUUGCUUUCAAGGAGUUCAAAUACGCACCCGGAUGAGAUGAGGCGAAAUGGGGGUGUUUUCUUCGUUUGUUUGGUUUUUUUGUGCUUUGAAUGUGGAUUGAGUGAUGAUAGAGAAGCACUUUUGGCGUUGAAAUCAUCGAUUGAUCCGUCGAAUUCUCUUCAAUGGAUUGGAACCGAUUUCUGCAAAUGGGAAGGAGUUAGAGAAUGCUUGAGAGGCAGAGUGUCGAAACUUGUUCUUGAAAAUGUGAAUUUGAGAGGGACAUUGGAUUCAAGGAGUCUUAAUCAGUUGGAUCAGAUUCGCGUUUUGAGUCUUAAACAAAACUCCAUUUCGGGUGAAAUCCCAGAGCUUUCUGGAUUGGCGAACCUCAAAUCACUCUACCUUUCUUACAACAACUUCUCCGGCGAGUUCCCGGCGUCUCUCACCACCCUUCACCGCCUCAAAACCAUUGUGCUCUCAGGUAAUCGUCUUUCCGGCGACAUUCCUGACUCGUUGCUCAAUGUACAGAGACUGUAUAUUCUUUACUUGGAUGACAAUAGAUUCACAGGAAAAAUCCCACCUUUGAAUCAGAGUGGGCUAAGAUAUCUGAAUUUGUCAAGCAACCAGCUUUCCGGCGAAAUCCCGGCGACCCCCGUCUUGGUUAGAUUCAACUCGACGUCAUUUACCGAUAAUGUUGAUUUAUGUGGCGAUGCGUUUGGUAUCCCAUGCAAUAUUGCUCCAUCCCCGUCUUUUAGCCCGGCGAAUCCGACCCCACCCAGCACAAGCAAAUCGCACAAUCGCCGGAAAAUCAAGAAAAUAGUUAUAAUAGCCGGUUCGGUUGGUGUGUUUUUGUUAUUAUGUGCUGUAAUUGCAUUGUUAGUUAUCUGUUUGAAAAAGAAGCAAAAGAAGGCGCCGGAGGUGGGAGCAAAAGGAACUGAAGCAGUCUCGGCGGUGGGUGGUGCUGGCGGAGGCGCCGCGAGCAGUAGUGGGAAAAAUGGGGGAAGUGGGUUGACACCAGAAGGCGAAGAAGGUGGUGGGAUGGGGAAAUUGGUGUUCUUUGGUGGUGGAGAUAUGCCGGAAAUGAGUUAUAGUUUGGAGGAUCUGUUGAAAGCGUCGGCGGAGACGCUGGGAAGAGGUACGGUGGGGAGCACGUACAAGGCGGUGAUGGAGUCGGGGUUUAUCGUGACGGUGAAACGGCUGAAAGACGCUAGGUAUCCAAGGGUGGAGGAGUUUCGGAGACACGUGGACGUCAUCGGAAGGCUGAGACACCAAAAUUUGGUGCCUCUCAGGGCUUAUUUCCAGGCUAAAGAAGAACGCCUUCUCGUAUACGAUUAUUUCCCCAAUGGCAGCCUUUUCUCUCUCAUCCACGGAUCAAGAACAUCAGCCGGUGGAAAACCUCUUCAUUGGACAUCGUGCUUAAAGAUCGCCGAGGACUUAGCCACCGGACUUCUUUACAUCCACCAAAACCCCGGCCUCACUCAUGGAAACCUCAAAUCCUCCAACGUCCUUCUGGGCUCUGAUUUCGAAUCCUGCCUCACAGAUUACGGUUUAAUGUCAUUUAGAAACCCCGAUUUCCCUGAAGAAUCAAGCGCCUCUUCUCUCUUCUACCGGGCCCCGGAAUCCAGGGACCCACGAAAACCCAUCACCCAACAAGCAGAUGUCUACAGCUUCGGCGUCCUCCUGUUAGAACUUCUCACCGGAAAAACUCCAUUUCAGGACCUUGUUUUGGAACACGGGUCAGACAUCCCUAAAUGGGUGAAAUCCGUAAGAGAAGAAGAAACCGAAUCCGGCGAUGAACCCACUUCCUCCGGCAACGAGGCGGCAGAGGAGAAACUGGCGGCACUUCUGAACAUCGCCAUGGCUUGUGUCUCGAUUGCGCCUGAGAAUCGACCGGUGAUGAAGGAGGUGUUGAGGAUGAUUAGGGAAACGAGAGCUGAAGUGGCUCAUGUGUCGUCUAAUAGUAGUGACCAUUCACCAGGAAGAUGGUCGGAUACUGUUCAGAGCUUACCCAGGGAUGAACAUUUGAGCAUAUGAUUCAUUGGUUGUGUUUAAGGAGGAGUUUUAAUUGAAUUUGAUUCGUGAAUUUGUGUAGGGGUAAAGUUUUUCAUUUUUAUUAUUAUUAUUAUUGAUUGGUACUGUAA